AACAUGCUCUUUAUAAGACGCCGAGAACUACCGAUUUAUCUAUUAAUAAUUUGUUUAUCCACACUUUGUGUGAAACGCGUCACAGAAGCUCUCAUAGCAUUUCCGCGAGGAGGCUCUCAAGGCUACCUGGCAGCGUUGGCUAUGCCGAUCGAUCUGCCGAAUCGUAACGUGUACAUGGCUUUCAAUUUUGAAGCUAAUUAUGGAUUUCCACCAAAUGACUCCUAUUACUAUUGGGUGGAUCGGUGGAACUUGGAUAAGGAGGAUGUGGGCGUUGGAAAUAAUGUGACGAAUAUUAACCAACGUCGACUUCGAAGCAUCGGCCAAAUCUACACACGCAACGCUUUUUACCGUAGCAUUGUCGGUUAUCUGGAUUAUUAUGAUAUGAAUGGGACAGGCUGUUUGUUGAAGACAAUUUGUGACGUGUCGAGUUCCACUUUGGAUGAGCAUAAUGGACUGAUAGGCAGUAUUUUUAAAAUCCUCUUCAUGCCAACGACUUCCGCCUCUGAAAACGAACAUUCACUCGACAAUGUGGAUACUUACGUGGCAGAAGCGCAUGGACACAGCGGUGAUUGCUCGCAAUAUGUACAAUGGUGUCCGCGCGGACUACUUGAGCUGAUAUCCGAAUGGUUUUAGCUGAGACUGCGUAUGGGAA